AUGGCUAGAUGCACAGCUACCGAAAGUCAUGAUGUUCGGGGAGGUAAAUUCAUUAAGAACGAAAGUGGCAUACUCCUCACUGACGGGACUGAUGUCCUCGAAAGAUGGCGCGAGUAUUUUGACUCGCUCUCUUCCAAACCAGCCAUCGGUUCUAUGAUGGACUCUCUUCCCAUCCAUGGGCCUAUCAGGGAAAUUACCGAAACUGAAGUUGGCAAGGCAGUUAUGCAUUCAUCUGACGGUAAAACACCCGGACCAUCGUCCAUAACGGCUGAAAUGCUGAAAGCCUUGGACGCAUCCAAUUUCUCUGUCUUGACAAGCGUUCUACAAAGUGUCAUUGACUCGGGGAAAAUCCCGGAUGAGUGGUGCACGAGUGAUACCGUGACCAUCUACAAAGGAAAAGGGGACCCCUUGCUAUGUGGAUCGAGACAAUACGUCCCUGAGAAUCUAGUCAAAACGGUCAUGUCGUUAUACAGAAACUCGGUCUCCUGUAUGAGGCGAGGAAAUCAAAGGUCAAACCAAUUCCAGGUCAACACUGGUGUGCACCAGGGCUCUGUCUUGAGUCCACUGCUCUUCAUUCUGAUAAUUGAAGAACUCACCAAGGAAUGUGGUGACGGAAUUCCAUGGGAAAUUCUGUUUGCAGACGACUUGGUGCUGACAAGCUAUGGGUACACAGAAGGUGCAGUGGCUUGCGGGCAAGCCAACGCCUCUCUGAAACCUUUGUUUGCAAAGUUUGCCAGAAUCCCAAAUCCAAGGCAACAGAUAGUAAAAUCACACUUGCAGAUGGUGAAAUUGAAAAGGCCCAAGAUGAUUAAAGUGAGCAUCAGAGAAAAGAAGGAAAGAUUCAACCGUACAAAACAAGAGAAAAUAGACUGGCGGAAGCUACGCAUCAAGAAACAUCAUGAUGCGUAUCAGGAACACAUAAGCAAGGCCUCCCUUUCAAACAAACCCUCUUGGGCAGAAUUAGCAGAAACCAUGAAAAGGGCAGCCAAGGCUGCUUGUGGGUUAGAAGAUACAAGAAGCAAAACCAGUCAAUGGAUGGUAGGCCAUGAAGACCGAGCAAGGUAG